AUGGGCAGUGCUGAAGACCCAGCCUGGCUCCAGCUGCGGAAAGGACCCCAGACAACAGCCCUCUGCCACCCACAGGAUGGGAGCCUGGGGGUUGGGGGCCCGGCCAUGAGGGAUUGCUGGCCCUCCCAGCAAAAGGCCAGCCCUGUACCCCCAGGGAGUAUCUCUGACAAAGGCCCAGGCAUGGACACAAGACACGGCAGCCCCAGUGGCGUUGGGGAAGGGACCUCCUCCUCUGAGAGCUCUGGCGGGAACUUGGCCUGCCCCUCCCCAACCUGCCUCCCUCCCCAAGAGACAGCCACCAAGGAGAUAUUGGGGGCACAUGGAGUCUUGAUCUCAGGAACACCAGAAGCCACCUUCUCUGGGAAGCCAGGGCCCUCAAAGCCAGAGCCCAUGUCCUCACUGAGUGUUGACCCCACAUCCUCAGAUUACAGAAAUCCUGAGUUCUUGGAGAAGAUGGAUUCCAAGUCUUCAAAGAAGGCAGAUUCCAUUUCCCUAGGAAAGGAAGAUGCUGGGUCUUCAAGGAAGGCAGAUGUUAUGUUUAUAGGAAAGACAGAGCCCUCGGUCUUGGUGAAAGGGGAUGUUGUGUCUUCUGGAAAGAUGGAUCCUGUGACUUCAAGAAAGGAGGAUCCUGGAUCCUUGGGAAAGGUAGAUCCUAUGUUCUCUAGUAAGGAGGAUACAGUGUCCCCAAGGAAGGAGGACCCUGGGUCUCUGAGAAAGGCAGAUUCCAUAUCCUCAGGCAAAGAGGAUCCUGUGGUCCCAAGAAAGGAGGAUCCCAGGUACUCACAAAAAGAACAUCCUAUGUCCUCAGAAAAGGUGGGUCCUGCAUUCUUGGGAAAGGUAAAUCUGGUGUCCUCGGGGAUGAUAGAUCCUGGGCUCUCAGGAAACAUAGACUCCAUGUCCUUGAAAAAUAUGGAUUCUGCAUCCACAAUAAAGACAGAUCUUGGGUCUUUGGAAAAGCUGAUUCCAGGAUCCUCAGGCAAGAUGGAACCUGCAUCCUUGGGAACAGUGGAUCCUGGGUCCUCGGGAAGGAUGGAUUCUACAAGCUUGGGGAUGGCAGGUCCCCAAGGGACCUGUAAGGGAAAUGGGGGAAUUGUGUCCUCUGCAAAAGAGGACCCUCAGUUCCUGGGAAAGAUGGAUCCUGCCUCCUCAGGAAACGGGCAGCCCGUGGCCAUGAGGAUGACAGAAACUGGGUCUGCUGGACAAGUGGAUUCCAAAUCUUUGGGAAGGGUGGAUCCCACCUCUUUGAAAAAUGGGGAUCCCAUGUCUUCAGGAAAGCCAGAGCCCAUAUGUUCUGGGCAGGCAGAACCUGUAUUGGUGGAAAAGACCGAAACUACAUCCUCAGGAAAGGGGGACCCCUUGUCCUCCGGAAAGGCAGAUCCUGUUUUUGUGGGAAAUAUAAAAUUGUCAACUUCUGGAAAAGUGAAUCCUGAAUCUUCAGGAAAGAAGGACCCAAAGUCCUUGGGGACUGUGGGUCCCCCAUCCUCAGUAAAAGCUGAGGCAGUGUCUGGGGGAAAAGUAGAUCCACUGUCUCAGGAGAAGGCAGAUCCCUUGGCUUCUGGAAAGGUGGGUCCCACAGCAACAGGGAAGGCUGAUUCCCUGGCCUUGGGCAAGGGGGACCCUGCAGCCAGGGGAAGGGCAGAAACUGUUCCCUCUGGAGAAGUGGAGUCCACAUCUUCCAGAAAGGUGGACCCCGCGGCUCCAGGACAGACAGUCUGCAUGUCCUCCGGGAAAGUGGAUCCCAUGUCUUCCGGAAAAGCAGAAGCUGUUCCAGAGGGAAAGGCAGAUCCUCUGGCUGUAGAAAAGGGGAAUCCUGUGAACUCCCGAAAGGUAGAUGCCAGGGCCUCAGGGAAGGCAGAGCUGGAGCCUGCGGGCAAGGCAGAUACAAAGCCCCUUGGCAAAGAGGGGCCCGUGUCUCUGCAGAAGGAAAAGCCGCUGGUCUUGGAGAAGGUGGAUCCUGGAUCCUCAAGGAAAGCAGACCCCACGGCGGAGCCCGUAUCCCUGGGGAAGGCAGACUCCACAUCUCCGAGACAAGCAGAGUCCCCAUCCUCGGGGAAGGUGGCUCCCCUGAAUCUGGGGAAGACCGAGCCUUCUUCCUCCAGGCAGUUAGAUGGCAAACCUUUCGGCUCAGCUCUUCCUCCGGAGGGGGCCGGGGGCCGCGUGGACCCAGAACCCGCGUCCCGCUCCGGGGCCUCCAGCCUUGGCCAAAAAGACCCGGCGGCCGCUGGGACCCACAGAAGCCCCCGUCCCGCGGCCGCAGAGACCCUCGGGGCCGCAGCGCCCCCACCAGGGCCGCGGACUCGCGACAACUUCACCAAGGCGCCGUCGUGGGAGGCGAGCGCCCUGCCGCCGCCGCGCGAGGACGCGGGCACUCAGGCGGGCGCGCAGGCCUGCGUCUCGGUGGCCGUGAGCCCCAUGUCUCCGCAGGACGGCGCUGGCGGCCCGGCCUUCAGCUUCCAGGCGGCGCCGCGCGCGCCCAGCCCCGCGCCCGGGCCGCCCUCGCGCCGGGACGCGGGCCUGCAGGUGUCGCUGGGCGCCGCCGAGACGCGCUCGGUGGCCACCGGGCCCAUGACGCCGCAGGCCGCCGCGCCGCCCGCCUUCCCCGAAGUGCGGGUGCGGCCCGGCUCCGCGCUGGCGGCCGCCGUGGCGCCCCCGGAGGCGGUCGAGCCUGUGCGCGACGUAAGCUGGGACGAAAAGGGCAUGACGUGGGAGGUGUACGGCGCUGCCAUGGAGGUGGAGGUGCUGGGUAUGGCCAUCCAGAAGCAUUUGGAGCGGCAGAUCGAGGAGCACGGCCGCCAAGGGGCGCCCGCGCCGCCGCCCGCUGCCCGCCCGGGUCCCGGCCGUGCGGGCUCGGUGCGGGCGGCGCCCCCCGAUGGCGCUGCUAAGCGCCCACCCGGCCUCUUCCGCACUCUGCUGCAGAGUGUACGGCGGCCGCGGUGCUGCUCGCGGGCGGGACCCACUGCUGAAUGAUCUGUCUGCCCCGACCCCCUUUUUGUACGCCAGCGCCCGGUUUCCAGCCUUCUCGGGCUCAUUCUUGACCCCAGGCUCCUAGAAGGGAUCCCGUCGGUGCGCUUCAGGCCUCCUGAGGGAUGAGCUGCCUCUAGGGCAUUUUCAUUUUCUUUCAAGUCUCCCCUCCUCCCAAACACACUAAUGAACCCCUUCUGCCCAGUUCCCUCAUGGCUAUGAGCCCAUGAGCUCAGACCUGAUGCCCCAUCUCUCCACUCUCCUGGUCACACGGGGCAACCACGGGGACCCGCUCAGCACCCCCACCCCCCAAACCCCCACCCCUCAGAGAUGGGGCAGACUCCCAAGAUGUCCAGACUGAUGUGUUGAGUCUCCAGCCGGGGCCGGGUCCCCAGAACAGGAAAGACUCUGUGUGUACAAAUCUCUGCAUGGUUAAAGUCCCAAGUGUGCAAGGAUUGGUGUGUGAGGCCCCUGUGUGCUAGCCUCUGAAUUCAAGCUCUGGACGGGCGAGGUUCUGAAAGUGUGUGAGCGUGUCUUCACACGGAGGGCUGACCCCCAUAGUUGGGGCAUUUCCUGCAUGCUAUCGGUAGCCCUUCCCCAAGUCUUGUCCCCCCACCUGGCCUCCACCCCCUGCCCCCACUUAGCCCAGCCCUCCACCCCCACCCAGUCACUGGUUCCCAGCUCCCAGAUUGGCCAAAGGCAGCGGCAAGAAGUGCCCUGGGGCUCAGCUGUGAGGGAGAGCCACAGAAAGGUGGAUGCACAGGAGGUCACAGUCAGAGGUUUGUGGAAGGUGUGGGGGUACACACUGCCGGGGUGACAGCUGGUCUUGGACACUGGGGACAAGACGGAGAGUUUAUUACAUGACCACAGCUGUUUUUAAAGGCCACCUUCUCCAGCCCUUUGUCCCCUCACCCCAUGCUGUGAGCCCUUAUAUGUCCCCUGUGACCUCUCAGUGCCCCGUCCCCACCCUGCCAGCCGUGGUUUUUGGCUACGAACUGUCACAGUGUACAUUGGUAAUAAAAU